AUGGAAAUUAAUAUUAAUGUGGGGACAUAUGAUGGCAAACUCUUAGGUUUUUCAUUGGAUGAUUAAUUUUCUUCAAAUAAUACUCUCUAUUCAUUUCCAGCCUCCACAGUAUAUUUACUUUAUUAUUUGAGUCUUUAAUUAAAACAAUCUUUUAGAAUGGACGCUAUUUAUUUAUUGGAGGUUCUGAAGAGUUGAUAAAGGUUUAUGAUGUUAGAAGGAGAGUUGAAGUCACUUUAUUAGAAUAACAUAAUGGAACAAUAACUUAGAUUACAGGCCAUUCGAAUUUUCUAUUCACAUCAUCUGAAGAUGGAAAAGUGAAUUUAUGGAGAAAUAAAUAAUGGGCUAUUCUUAAUACAUUUUAAUGUGGAAGUCCUGUCAUAAACAUAGCUAUUCAUGAAUCAGGAAAAAUCUUAGCAUGUGCAACAAAAGAUUAGAAAUUACAUCUCUAUAAUUUAAUGAAUUUGAAAAGGAUAGCAUUGAAGAAAUUUCAUUUUAGUAUUUAUUUUUAAUAUCUUAGAUAUUGAUAAAAUUCAUUUUAUAUCAAAAGAGGAUGAAAUCCAAUAUUUAUUAUUUCAAUCUGACAGAAAAUGCUAUAUUGUUGAUUGUGAAACAAAUAAGGUUACUCACACUAUAGAUUGUACAGCUUAGAUAACAGAUUCUAUUUUAAAUCAAGAUUCACUUAUUCUUUCAGGUAUUAUUAAUUGAUUUAUUCUAGAUGCAAAUGGAAUUAUUUAUAUGAUAAAAUUGACAAUAGAAAAUUAAUUAUAAAGUAAGAUUAUAGUUAAAUUUAUGGCUCAUUAAAAAAGAAUUAAGUAAUUAUAAUUAUUUGAUUUAAAUGAAUAAACAUAUUUGGCAUCUAUUUCAUCUGAUGGAGAUAUCAAAAUUUGGGAUUGUUUAUUAUAUGCAAAUGAAUAAUAUGAUGAUAUUGAUCUUAAGAAUAAAUUAAAACCUAUUUAUACCAUUAGAACAACUUAAAGAUUAACAUGUUUUUGUGUAAGUGUUGUAUAAAGAAGAUAAGGAGAUUAAGAAGAAGAAUAAACUUAAGUUUAGAAACCUACUAUAGUUCCUAUUGCCAAAUAAAUCAAAAAGCAAUUGGUUAAUAAGAAAUUUAAGUAAAUUGAUUAGAAUGUGAAAACGUAAAAAGUUUAAAAAAAGAUUCAAAAGAAAAAACUCAAGGUUUGA